GAGUGAAUGAAGGAGUUGAAAUGCAAGCCAGCAGCGUGGAAACCUCGAGGCCUGCAGCCGAGCUCCUUGGAAUGAAGAAGAUAGAAGUCGGGCCGGGCUCUCCCCUGCGUCCAGGGGCGGGGGUUGCAUUUCUAAACAUGGAUGUGGGCGUGGGAUCCCCUGCCUUCCAGUAGGGAGGGAGGAAGGGAGGAGCCAGUGCAUCCUCCGCUAGCUUCGCCGGGACAACUGUCACAACUGCAGCAACACCGGUUGCCGGAGAAACUCUCCCAAGUCCCAGAUCCUGACUCGGGGAGGAAGAGGGAGCCGGCAACUCUGGAAAAGCUUCUCAACUGAGAACGGGUCUCCCUCUCCCUGUCUGGCAUCGACCAGCCGGAUUCCCCUCCCCGCUUUCCGGGUUUACCAUGGCGUAUGGAAAGCUCUGCUGUUUCUUGCUCCUGACCCUGGGAAUUCUGGCAGCCAUCAUCGCCCCCACCAUCAUCCUGACUUCCAAACCGUCCCAGGCCCGGUGCCGGGAGCGGGGCUACCUGCACGGAGCCGUGGCUGCUGACUCGAAGGCCUGCUCCGACAUUGGCAGGGAUGUUCUGAAGAAGCAGGGCUCUGCCGUUGAUGCUGCCAUUGCUGCCCUGAUCUGCACAUCGGUGAUCAACCCCCAGAGCAUGGGCCUGGGGGGAGGCGUCAUUUUCACCAUCUACAACGCAACCACAGGAAAGAUUGAGGUGAUCAAUGCCCGGGAGACCCUCCCCAAGUCUGUAGAGGAGAGCCUGUUGAGCCAUUGCAAUGCCAGCUAUUCAACACUUGGACACGGGAGCAAGUGGAUCGGGGUGCCUGGAGAGCUGCAGGGGUACCAGGAAGCCCACCGGCGCUAUGGCCGGCUGCCCUGGAGUGACCUGUUCCAGCCGACGAUCCAGCUCCUCCGCGGGGGCCUCCGGGUGCCCAAAGUCCUGUCACAGUUCCUCAACCAUUCUGACCUGCAAAAAUUGGUCUAUCAUUCUUCCCUGCGGCAGCUGUUCUUCCGAGACAACCGAGUCCUGAAGGAGGGCGAUGUCCUUGAGUGGCCCACAAUGAUUGAAACCUUGGAGACGGUGGCCCGGUUGGGGGCAGAGGCACUCUACAAAGGGGAGCUGGCCAACAAGCUGUUGGAAGAUAUCAGGAAAGAAGGGAGCAUACUGCGUGCAGAGGAUUUGUCUGAAUUCCAACCAGAAGUCGUGGCCCCCCUGAAAUUUGACCUGGGAGACUACACUUUAUACUCCCCACCUCCGCCAGCAGGGGGGGCCAUUCUCAGCUAUAUCCUCAAUGUUCUAAAAGAGUUUAACUUCACCAAGGAGUCCGUGGCACAGACCAAAAGGAAAGUGGACACUUACCAUCUUAUUGCUGAGGUCAUGAAAUUUGCCAACGGGCAGAAGUGGAAACUGUAUGACCGUCGAAACGCCUCCAACCCGAAGGUCUUGCAGGAUCUGCUGUCCUACUCCUCAGCUCAACAAACCAAGAAGAGCAUCGACAACUGGGGUAACCACACGCUGGAUAAAUACAGUUCCAUCCCCCACAGGAGUGAGAGCCCCGGGACCAGCCACGUGUCUGUCAUCUCUGCCGAUGGCAGCGCCGUGUCUGUCACCAGCACCAUCAACGUGCCGUUUGGCUCCAGGGUGUAUUCUCCAAGCACCGGCAUCAUUUUGAACAAUGAGAUUUGGGACUUCUGCCAGUGGUCCCAAGACCUAAAAAGGAAAGUGGUUCCAGGGGAGAGACCACCGUCCUCUAUGAUGCCUUCCAUUCUAAUCUCCAGAGACAAGAAGUCCAAGCUGGUGAUUGGUGGAUCUGGGGGAGAGAUGAUCGUUUCUUCCACGGCCCUGGCCAUCAUGAACAAACUUUGGUUCGGCUAUGACCUGAAGAAUGCCAUCAGGGAACCCAUCUUCCAUGUCAAUGGAAAGGCUGAAAUUAAAGUUGAGAAAAAUUUCAGCAAGGAGAUUGAGGACGGACUCCGGGAGCGAGGUCACCAGGUGGAAAGAAAUGGACUCUUUCUGAACGUGGUGCAAGCUAUUUACCAGGAAGGAGAAUGCCUCUACGCUGAGUCUGAUAAAAGGAAGUUAGGGGAAGCUUCUGGGUACUAACCCCGGAGACCCCCCGGAAUGAACAGACCCAGUGGCAAAAGUGAUUCUGGUCUCCCCCCAACCACCAGGGCCAACCUGGAAUGACUGCUUACCCCUGUCCUCCCCUAAAAACUUUGUUGCCUCUCUUCAGAGGAAGAUCCUUGCUCAGAUGUGGUCUGUUCUGCACCAGCACCCCUGUUUUCUCCCUUGCAGAGCUCAAGCAGGAAGAGGGUAGAAGGUUCUGGGGGGCACCGCAGGGACUCAAUGUGUUUCCCACACCUUGGUCUUUACCCAAGGGAUACAAACCUAUAGAGCUUUUGUUUCUCAUCUUGGUUUGUUCAGCUAUUGGCCGAGAGAGACGGAGAGAGAGAGUCAGAGGAGAAGCCCACCUACUCCCACCCAGAGCUGAGCCUGGCGCCUGGCAUGAUUUCUGGAGGGAGGUGAGAGGAGAUUGAGAAACCGACCAGCUCAAAGUUCUCCCCGUGGCCCAGGGCCAGUGAAGCAAUUCUGGCCACGUGUCCUCGCACUUACCAUGAUCCCCGCUCCCAGAAUAAGAGUCCUGAAAUGGAAGAAGGAAAGGAGGGUGGAAGGAAUGGAGGCCCCAGCCUGAGCCCAUCACCUUGGACCAGGUAUGCUCCUGGGCAGGGGUUCCACAGCAAGGAGCAGGUCCUCAGGCUACCUGGAGCCUCACCAUAGCCCUGGCCAGGGAUAAGGCUAGGAGUUUGAAUCUCAGGAAAUGGGACAGUGGGAACCCCUUGCUGCUCUUGGAAGGCAUCUCCCAAAUACCUCCGGAGAGCCUUGGGGUAUUUGGGAAAACUUCCGGUUUCUCAGAGUCCCACUGAGGGGCUUGGGGGGGGUAGGGAGGGAACGACAGUGCAGAUCUGAAGAUAGGAGGCAACAGGGUGUGGAGAUCCUCCAGCAGAGCGGGGAGACUUCGCAUUCCUCGGGACGCUGAGCUGCUGGGUGAGGGGUGAAACGGGAAGCCCCUGGGGGAAAUUAGCAGCAGGGCCAGGGGUUCAUUAUCUAAGCCAAACCUGUGAAAGUUUAAGAUUUCAAUAAAUUUAUACCAUUAACACUGUGA